AUGGCACAUAAUUGCAAGCGUAUAGCUAAGUCUGAAGGGUGUUGCCGGCGAGAUAAGCAAAUGAUGAGAUGUGCGACAAUUGCUCUAAAGCAGAUGAAGGAUAUGUUUGAAACAGCUUGGUGUCCAAUCAAAGAAAACCAACAGGACAAAGAAUUGAGGAAAUACAAUGGUUGUGUAAUAGAUCCUGAAUGUAAUAUCAAGGAAUGUCCAUUCCGUGGAACUGGGGUAGCACCUAACGUUUUGCAGAACUAUUGCACCAAAAGCUAUGAGAGAACCUUCGGUGGGCAGUCGGACCGUGACGCCAUGCGGCUGAUGCCAGGCGAAGUAGGCCUGCGCGGUGACCGCGCCACGUUCUCUUUAGUCCGUGACGACUGCUUGGUGUAUGAUAACUACAGCACCGGCGGCGGUGAGGUAUAUUACAACAUACGUCCGAACGUAAAUCAAUUUGCAGAGGAAGAAGAUGUAAUCAACUCCGAUAAUAAUGACACGCAACAGCAGGAGCAAGAUCAGGAACAAGAUCAGGAUAAGAAUCAAGAUAAUGAUCUAGAACAGGAUGAGAAUGAGAAUGAUGAGCAGCAGGUAGACGAGUCAGAAGAUCUACCAUUGUCAAACGAACGCAAACAUGUGAUGGAAGUGCUACCCAAGUCUGUGAAACCAAAGCUAGGACCAGUUACCGGGCUGCCUGUCAGCGAUGAUGAGCACGUGUUCGUUUUGUGGCUGGGUAAGCGGCCGGGCGAGCCUGAUGAGAAGGCCCGACUGCAGAUCGAAGUGCGCGUGCCCAAGUGGGUGCCGGAUCCGGAGGAGGAGUCAUCUGAGACGAUGCUCGCAGAAGAAUCACCGGAAAUGAUAACAAAGCCGGUAAAACACAAGAAACCUGGAAGCUCCAAAAAGUCACGCAACUCAAAGAAGUCUGACAACUCCAAGAAGCGUGGCAACUCCAAGAAGUCUGGCAACUCCAAGAAGUCUGGCAACUCCAAAAAGUCCAGUCGGAAAUGA